CUUGACACAUGGCGGCUUUUCGGUUCUGUUAAAGUUUGUAGCCUUGGGCGGAAAUUAUGAGAUAUUAUCUUCAUCGCGGUUUGUAGAUGCUUAUCGAUGAAUCAGGAUGUGAAAAAUUGUAUCUUUCAAAUAUUUACAAGCGUGGUGGACACUUCCAGUAGUAUGAGACUGGUGACUCGUGCUCUGUUGCUGUUGACAACGUUUUCCUUGGUCUUCCUUCUCUUCAUCGGUCGGUGUGGGCUAAGAUUGGAUGAAGAACUCCGCUCCACGUCUUCCAGUUCCCAAUUCAGCAACGACUUCCUCCAACAGUCCAUGUCGCCAGACUCUUACUAUUUAGACCUCUUGCACAGGAGAGAGGAAGAGCACAGAUCUGAAAUUAAAGCUCUAAAAGACGAGAUUUCGAAUCUGAAGAAAAAGGUUUCUGAUUUGCAGAAGCCCUUCGUGGAUUCUGUAUCUGUGCCUAUCAUAGAACCUCAUCCUAAAUCUCAUGGAGAUGCAGAAUCUGCACGCUCUCUGGAAUGUUCAGAAUAUCUGAGAAAGCAAGUCGCAUCCGCCGAAAUCCGACACGGCGUACAACUGAACAAUGAGUACGAGAUCGUUCCUUUCACCCAUUUCACUUUCGGAAGAGUUUAUCCUGUCACCCUUGGCCUUGGCAAAAGGGUCGUCGAGAAACCUAUCGGUUACAAACGUAAGGACCUUCUUGAAGUAUUUGUCAGAGCCUUGGACGUCAUCAACAGAGACAAAAGGGGUAAACAGCGAUACACUGUGGAUGACUUCACUGAGGGCUUGUUUCGCAAUGAGCCAACGACUGGUUCCCAUUACGAAUUGUACUUCAAAGAAAAGAAUAUGUCUCGAGUCUAUCACAGAGUGGUUCUUAUGAGGCCUUUCGGCCCAGUACAAACUCUAAUAAACGAAAGAGUACGAACAUCGAAAGAACUUAUUAAUGUUAUUCUGCCCCUUUCAGGUAGAAUAGACAUUUUUAGGACGUUCAUGGACAGGUUUGUGAAAGUUGCAAUAAAGCAUGAUAAAAAAGUCUUCCUUACAGUUGUAUAUUUUGGAGAUGAAGGUCUUCAUGAAGUGCGUGUCAUCCUGACUAAAGUAUCCCGGGAGGCAAAAUUCCGAAAUCUAAAAUUGCUGACUUUAAAUGAAACAUUUUCAAGGGGCAAAGGCCUACAAGUUGGUGUGCAGCACUGGUCAAAAGGAGAUGUCUUACUAUUCCUGUGCGAUGUAGAUAUUGUCUUUACCAGCAGGUUUCUGGAACGUUGCCGUUUGAAUGCAGCACCAGCAAAGAAAGUCUACUACCCUAUCGUCUUUAGCUUAUAUAAUCCUUCUUUAGUUUACUCAUUACAAGGUAAAGAGACUCCAUCAGAAGCAGAUCAGCUAACGAUUUCCAGAGAUUCAGGGUUCUGGAGGGAUUUCGGUUUCGGGAUGACAUGCCAAUAUCGAAGCGACUUCAUGAAUGUAAAAGGCUUUGAUGAAGACAUUGUCGGGUGGGGUGGAGAAGAUGUUAUGCUGUAUCGAAAAUAUGUAAGAAGCAAUUUAGUAGUUGUAAGAGCUACCGAUCCAGGUAUCUUCCAUAUGUGGCACGAAAAAGUAUGUGAUCCAGAUUUGUCGGUUGACCAAUACCGUGCUUGCUUAAGGUCUAGAGCCCUUGGUGAAGCCUCCCACGCCCAGCUAGGCCUUUUAGCUUUUGGCGAUGAGCUGAAGAAACACCAGAGCAUCUUGGAUUCUCAGAGUACCUCAACAGUGGACGGAACCGUUGUCGAUGUGAUAGAGAAGCCUUCUCGGGCUCAGUUGGAUCAUCGCUGAGUCAGUUCUGUGAUGAUGAAUCUUGGUUCCAUAUAUUACUCAGCCGUAAACUUGUGAUUUAUUUAUGCUGCUUGUUCUACAAUUUGGGAUUUGCAAAAGCAAAAAAAAAUAUUUAUAUUUUUAUUCAAAGCCUUUCUUUGAAGAUUUGCAUAUCAGAAACUUGAUAUAUAUAGCAACUGAUCAAUUAUGAGAUGCUAUGAAUUCCAACGGUCUUUCGCAGUGUUAUGUUGAAUAUUUAAGCUACGUUUUACCAAACAAGAUCAAGAAGAUGAUAGAUUAAAUUCGUUGAAGAAGACGUGUAUAGCAAUAAAAAUAAUUAAUACUUUUUUUCAAAUGGAAUUUUUUAUGGAAGAUAAUUGUAACAAUUGUCGAUGCUUAGAAAGUUACAAAAUGACUUUACGGUAAACCUACUGAAGUAAAACUUGCCUUGUUAAAUGAACUGUUUAUAGUUUUAGUGACUUCCAAGUGGAAAAUGAAAACUUGUUUGGAAAUGCUGGUUUAAAUACUCGACAUAAAAAAAUUCAUUGUGUGGAAUUCUCUUAUUUCACAUAAGCAGAACGUGUUGGUUAAUAUUUAUUUAAAUUUCUUAUGCACAUGGGUAUUUUUAAUUAAUAUUAAAAAGAACUAAAGUCAACGUGUGUUAUCUACAUAGUUCCAAAGAUUAUUAAAUAAAGUGUUUAAUUUAUUUACUUUUACCUGAA